AUUCAUCUUCUACCUUUGGGGCUCCUCUUCUGCAUGAAGUAAGGGAGAUUUUCCUCUUUCCUCAAACUGAAGAACACAUAUGUAAAUCCUGUUUUUACUGGUGAGGCAGGGGAGGCCAUAGCCACAAUGCUUAACUGCAUGCAUCUAACAUGGGGCUGGUUUUAACCCCAGCGCUCUGACCUAAACUGCUCAGCUCCCGGAAAUUCCAAGGAACCUGGUGGCCUUAGUCCUUCAGGUGGAGCAGUGUGCGACAUGGGAAAGAAAACCAAGCGGACAGCUGACAGUUCUUCUUCAGAGGAUGAGGAGGAGUACGUUGUGGAGAAGGUGCUAGACAGGCGUGUGGUUAAGGGGCAGGUGGAAUAUCUUCUGAAGUGGAAAGGCUUUUCUGAGGAGCACAAUACUUGGGAACCUGAGAAAAACUUGGAUUGCCCUGAGCUAAUUUCUGAGUUUAUGAAAAAGUAUAAGAAGAUGAAGGAGGGUGAAAAUAACAAACCCAGGGAGAAGUCAGAAAGUAACAAGAGAAAAUCAAAUUUCUCCAACAGUGCUGAUGAUAUCAAGUCCAAAAAAAAGAGAGAGCAGAGCAAUGAUAUCGCUCGGGGCUUUGAGAGAGGACUGGAACCAGAAAAGAUCAUUGGGGCGACAGAUUCCUGUGGUGAUUUGAUGUUCCUAAUGAAAUGGAAAGACACAGAUGAAGCAGACCUGGUUCUUGCAAAAGAAGCUAAUGUGAAAUGUCCACAAAUUGUGAUAGCAUUUUAUGAAGAGAGACUGACGUGGCAUGCAUAUCCUGAGGAUGCGGAAAACAAAGAAAAAGAAACAGCAAAGAGCUAAAGGAUGGGGUGGUCUCUGUCAUUUCUCUUUGUACAUAAUACAUUCACCUCCCUGCCUCCUUUCCCUUCUACCCACCCUCUUCUAUCCUAAACACAUCCAUAAAAAAUGUGCUUAUCACUGUGCUCCACAGGAGAAAUGUUGGUAUUGGUUCUCUUGUAACAUAACUGAUAGUCUGAUUCAUGAUAAGUGUCUCUCUGUGAAGACCAGGCAUUUACAUACUGUGUGUAAUUCCCACAGUUUUUUCCUUUACACUGAUCUCUUCCUUCUGCUCCCCUGUGACCUCAAGAUGAGUUUUAACUUUUAAAUUACCUUAGAGUCUUGAUCUUUUCAGGGUUGUUUGCUUUUUAGAUUGGGGGAUUUUGUUACAAUGGUGGUGAAUUUUGGUUUCUUGCUUUGGUUCUUAGAACAUGUUGAUGACCAGCUGGCCCUUCUUUUGACAUGUGGGAUAGAAAGGAUGUUGCCCAUCUUUUAAAAAUCUAAUAGCAACUGCCUACAUGUUGAGGCUUCCCCACCCUUAUUCAGCUUUGCCCUGUAGAAUACAGGGUUUCUAAUGUGGUCUUCUGGGCCACCCUCAGUUGUUCAUCCUCACCCACCAUCUCAGAAUAACUCUGUCCUUUGGAGGACUUGAGAUUUUACGUUGGAAUUUGUCAAGGCUCUCCUUUUAGCCCCAGGGCUUUUGGCCUUAGUAAUCGCUAAUUCUGCUUCUGCAAGGUGGUGUCCAUUUGUCAUAGAAUGACAAGAUUCUUAACUGUGGAGAUUUUUAUCUAUAGUACAUGAGGAUGAUGGGGUAGGGGUAGGAUACAGUUAUCUUUAUUAUCACAUAUGGUAUGUAUGUAUUAUUUCCUACCAUCCCUCAUAUUUAGACUAUACAUUUAUGUAGGUAUGAAUGAUUGCCUGGUGCUUGCUUGUGCCAAGGUGCUAGGCACCCUCCAACCCUGCCAAUUUUUGUGGCCUCCCAAAGCAUUCCUGUUACCAAAGAGGCUUCAAACUUGACCCUCACUUCUUAGUGGACCUGAGUUUCCCUUCCAUGCCAUUAUUUUCAGUGGGGAAUUCUUGGAGGGGAGCCAUUGACCAUAAUCAAUUUAAAAUAUUCAUAGCAGUUAUAGUCAUAAGUUUUUUGCUUUCUUGACUCCUGGAUUUGCCACCAGGAGUCCUCAAAGUAUUAUGCUCUUCCUUUUUUCUACCCUCAAACUUUCAGUUGUUUCUUAUUUUUAAAAUGAAUUUCCAUAGAAGGCUUACCACCUCAGAAACUGACAGGCCCUGGCAUUAGCAUGUUGACACAACCUUCUCUCCCUACUCAACAAAAUAUUUCCCUUUUGGUUUCCUCUUUGCUAUUAUAUUAAGAGAUUUUUCUGAUCAUAUCCUGCCUUUGUCUCACAAGAAAUGUCCUACUUUUUUAUCCUUUUCUUCUUGUAGUUGAGGGGGGCUAGAGAAUCAAGACUAAAAGUAAGGAAAUAGCAGGGUUUUGAGCAUCCUUGUCCCAGCCCCAAAGCUGAGGAAAUAAAAAUAAAUGCUUGAAAUAGCCUUAAUUCUAGAGUUCACCAGCCAUGGAGGCUGUUUUUCUUGUUGCUUUUGAUUUUUAAAACAUAUAGCUGUGUGGCCAGGAGCAUUCAGCCAUUUCUAGAUUAUUCAGAGUAAUGAGGAGAAUGGAUGGAUUGCUCUAGUCCACAGAUGAGCCAAAUAAUAUGCAAGUCAUAUACCCAUUCAUAGCAUUUGUUAACACUGCUUCUCUGCUCGGCUGCUGAUUGAAUUCUGUGUGCUUGUAUAAAUUAUGUCAGAAAUUAUACUGCACAGUUGAGAAGACAGCUGUUGCUGCAGUGACAUGACAGACUGGAACAAUGAAGCUUUUGGUUUAAGUCAGCCAGGAAGAUCCUUCUGAAUGGUAAUGUGAUUGGGUGAGAACUCAUAACCCAUGCCUCAAGUGGGUGGGAGUUUUAUCUCCAUAUUACUUUGCUCUCUGAAGGAAUAAAAGGCCUUGAUCAA